GACAGGUGCCAGUGGGCUGCAGUCAUGAAGAACUCGGGCUGGUUGCGGAAAAAUUGGCUGUGGGUGGCCGGAAGUGCUUUUAUCAGCAUCCACAUUGGCACGUGGCUCAUGCAGAAAGCCCUGAAGAGUUCCGUGCGCUCGGAGACGCAGAUGAAACAGAGGAGUGUAGAAGACUAACAGCCGGAGACUUGUUUUUGAUGCAAGUGAAAAUCAUUUUAACUACCUUCUCUUUUUAUUUCCUGACAAAUGUAAAUAAAAUGUGUGACUUUUGAUGGGGUAAUUUGUGCAAUAAAUAUUAGUUUUACAGUUUGGCCCUCACGUUUUCUGGUCUGGUGCAUUCUAAAAUGCAUCACUUCUCUAAAGAAAGGUCCCUUCUCUCUUUAUCGUUGCCUUCUUUGGUUGGAUAUUUCAACAUAUUUGUCAGCCUGGUGGUUGUCCCUGCUGGUCUUAGUCAGGUUUCUUGUAAAUCCACUGCACUUGGUAAAAUGCAUGCAUAAAAUACAAGGGGAAUGCUGUCCCAAGCAGGAUUUAGAAUUCCGCUGUGCUCAUAUUUUGUUGUCUCCACGAUGUAGCAGUGUGAUGGACUAGGUGACACUGGUGACACUGCUGACUCAAAGAGAUGUAUCACAGCUGUCCUUCCUGCUGACCUGUCAUUCCCCUUCGCUGGCUGGGGGAUUGGCUGCCUUUCCGAGAUUUCUAGCAGACAUUCCUGGUCUUGCUCGAAUCGACCACCCUAAUAAGCGGGAACUCUUCCUCAAGAAGGGCCUAACCCUGCGUUUGUCAUCCGUGGUCCUGGAGAUGCACGAUGUAUGGUGGUUUUUGUCAUGGCCAAUCUCUUGGAUCAAUUAAGGUUGUUGAAAAUUUGUUCUACCAUAAUUGUAUGGUUAAACUUAUUUAGUAGGUUUGGCUUGUUGCCAUGUGCUGUCGGUAAACUGUUCAUUUUGCACAAAUGGUUUUAAGGAAUCCACACUGAUUUCACCUGUCAGUUUGCAAUUUAAUCAAAAAUUGAACCUUUUUCAACGCAAGUUAUUUGCCAUAUACUAAUGUAAAUCUGGAAUUUUGGUGUUUAUUUGAAUAUUAUUGGUGAGAAUUGGUUGAAAAAAUAUCCUAGAUCGGCUCAUAAAAAGAACAAUGGUUGAAAAUUAGAUUAUAAUUAGAAACAAUGAAACCUAUCCAUAUGGCACAGGAAUUAAAAACGUAAUUUGGUCUGCCCGAUUUAAGUUCCUGGGAGCUGAAUAUGGGACAAAUUUUUUCAGGGCAUUAUGCAGCUAUUUCUGGCAUAAUAUGGCUAUCAUUUGUUCUUCACUAGGUGUAAAAAGUCUAAUUAAGAACAGUUUGUGUCUAAAUAACUAAUAGCCACUCAUGGCAAUACUGAGCUUACUAUGGUGGAACAAAACUAGCAUACAGUGGGUCCUCAGGACCAGGGGUGAGAACUACUGGCCUAAAUCAAUGUAGAUUUUUUGUGUAGUAUUCAAAUUCCACCACGUGAUGGUAGCAUUGAUUUCAUUUUGGAAUUUUUUAAAUUGUAGGCCUCGGUCUUGGAAAAAAUUUUUUUCAAGUGUCAAGGUUUGGAGUUUAAACUUUAUUCCAGGUGGAUUUUGCUUUAUGGGCGUUGUGAAUUUCAGUAUCUCUGACAUGCAAAUUGUAAAAGACGAUACAUUGUGAAAUAGGUUUAUCUAAGUUUUAUUUAUCCUAGAGUACAACAAUAUCCUAAAACGUGCAUUCUAUUCAGACAUUUGUCUGUUUUGUGCAUCGGUAAUUACUAAAUGUAAUUUAAAUUUCAUAAAUGUACCUCAUAAUAUCUGGAUAGUUUGAUUUGAAUUGUAUUACCAUGAUUUGCACGACAUCAUUACGUUAAUUUUCUGACGCUCUACACCGGGCAAUUUACCUGUGUGGAGAACAGUCGUGGACCUGGCUAACGACGUAUCCAGACCAGCGCAUGAAAGCGCAACAUCAAUAAAGUACGAAAUAGGAGUUAACUUAUGCAAACCUAGAAUAUGUUCGCUCAUACGGCUAACCUGCAUAUUCAACCAUAAAGGACGCCGUAAACAAUCUAUUACUGUUAAUGGGGUGUAUCUCACACAAACGGGCAAUUGUGUUUCUUUUGGGCAGAUUCUGCAACACGCAGGUAUUUUCGCAUCAUUAAUUAAGGAAUAAAUGAGAUCAUCUUGAGGAGGAGUUGGAAGGAUCGUGGAGAGGAAGAACAGGGACUAAUGGCGGAAGUUUGAAAACCUGCGUUUUUGUUAUUGCAUGCGGAAUCGGCGUUAUAGUGUUGACAUCCAAUUAUAAUCUAAAAUGUUUAUUUCACCUACAAAGAACGGAUAAAUAAUAGGCUGCAACCGAGCUUAUUUAGAGUUCUCUGUUUUGAUGCGGUUUUACCUUUUCUGAACUUUUAAAAACAACUUAAACCAACUACCCCGAAUGGACGAAAUCAGGAAACUCCAGGCCUGGCGUGGGUCUAAGGACAGAGUCCAUUGGCUGGGGUGUCUAUUGCGUCGUCGUCUUCGUGAACACUAUUAAUGAAUACCUCAGACAGUGAAGAAGACUCCUACAAUGAGAGGUCAGCUUUGGUGCCAGCUGAAAGUCCGACCUUGCCACCUUACAGUGAGGGUAGCGCACCUCUGGGGCAGGUGGAUACAGAGACCAUAAGGCGGCGCCCAGCGGCAGAGCUGGGCUCUGAUAGGCCGAUCCGGGGCCCCGUGGAGCGAGAGCCCACCGUGGAGAGCGAGGAUGAGGAGCUCACGCUCAAGUACGGGGCCAAGCACGUCAUCAUGCUCUUCGUCCCCGUCACUCUCUGCAUGGUGGUUGUCGUGGCGACCAUCAAGUCCGUCAGCUUCUACACGGAGAAGAACGGGCAGCAGCUGAUUUACACUCCUUUCACGGAGGACACCCCGUCGGUGGGCCAGCGGCUGCUGAACUCCGUCCUUAACACCAUCAUCAUGAUCAGCGUCAUCGUUGUCAUGACCAUCUUCCUCGUUAUUCUCUACAAGUACCGCUGCUAUAAGUUCAUACACGGCUGGCUGAUCCUCUCCUCCCUGAUGUUUCUCUUCUGGUUCAGCUUCAUGUACCUGGGGGAGGUUUUUAAGACCUACAACGUGGCGAUGGACUAUCCCACGCUGGUGAUGAUCAUCUGGAACUUUGGGGCGGUGGGGAUGGUCUGUAUUCACUGGAAGGGACCUCUUCAGCUUCAGCAGGCCUACCUCAUCAUCAUCAGCGCCCUUAUGGCCCUCAUCUUCAUCAAGUACCUCCCCGAAUGGUCGGCCUGGGUCAUUUUAGGAGCCAUAUCGGUCUAUGAUUUAAUCGCAGUGCUGUGCCCCAAAGGGCCGCUGAGGAUGCUGGUGGAGACGGCGCAGGAGCGCAACGAGCCCAUCUUCCCCGCGCUCAUAUACUCCUCUGCUAUGAUCUGGAUGGUUGGAAUGGCCAAACCUCCUAGUACAGCUGCUGAGCCCACUGAUCAGGAUACAGACGAGGAGGAACGGCUGAGUGACCGCAGUGACACCGAGAGAAGCCAGGGGGAGCCAGAGUGCCAGGUGAUCACCGGGACGGAGCAGGUGUACGGCCCUGGGGACGACCUGGAGGAGGACAGGGGGGUGAAACUGGGCCUGGGGGACUUCAUCUUCUACAGCGUGCUCGUGGGGAAGGCGGCAGCGACCGGCGGCGACUGGAACACGACGCUGGCCUGCUUCGUGGCCAUCCUCAUCGGGCUGUGUCUCACUCUUCUACUCCUGGCCAUCUUCAAGAAGGCCCUGCCCGCCCUGCCCAUCUCCAUCACCUUCGGGCUCAUCUUCUACUUCUCCACCGACAACCUGGUGCGCCCGUUCAUGGACAGCCUGGCCGCUCACCAGUUCUACAUCUGACACCCGACGGGGGGGGGGGGACUCCUUUCGGACGCAGCGCGACCCGAGUCCUGGGUUUGGCCAGAUAUCCUUCCGCUACGUGCCACUACUUUUUUUCGGAGAAAGAAACGGGACUUACGGUGUGUUAUUACUUGUAGCUUUUGAGUUGACGUAGUUUUUUUGUUUGUUUUUUUUUUUAAAGAAAAAUAAUCAUGCAUGUAAUGUAAGUGGGAUCCCCGUGCACACACACACACACACACACACACACACAUACAUGCAGGCACAAAGAAAGAUUUUUUUGCCGUAGUUUGUUACAGAAUCAGUAUGUGUGGAUCAUGAUUCCAAGGAACAUACAGGAUGCUGAAGUUCAUUGACUGAAAUGCCCACCUUUAAAAAAACACAUACUUUUAACGCCCCUUCAGUCAUUUUCAAGCGAUUAUGGAGGACUCACUAGUCAAAGGACGGGUGUUGUGGUCGCCGACCAGUCAACGUAUACACGUUUUCAGAUGAAACACUGUGGGUAAAAUAUUGUAUGAGAAACUACGCACAAGCUUGAAAUUUGAUGGGUCAUGCUAAUCUUAAUAAUGCUGCCUAAUUUCUUCAAAUGUGUUCUCUUCCAGGGAUGAAGAAGCAUAAACUUACAUGAAUGUACAGUAUAUGCCAAAAUUA